CUCUCUCUCUCUCUCUCUGCGUUCGUCUCAUGUUCGUGAAGGUGAAUUCAAGGGUGGUGGAGAUAAAGAAAGGAAAAGAGAGAGAGAGAGAGAGAAAGAGAGAGAGAGAGACGGAACUGAACAGCUGAGCGGGAGUAUCGAGUAUCGAGCUGAAUUGCACCUGAGUGUGUGCAUCGUGCGCUUCACUCGUGAAUCUCCCGGCCUCGCGAUCUCACGGAGAACAUGUCGAAAUACAGGAUCGUGAUGGUUCGCCAUGGCGAGAGCGAAUGGAACAAAUUGAACCUAUUCUGUGGCUGGUACGAUGCCGAUCUGUCGGACAAGGGCAAGAGCGAGGCCCUGUCCGCUGGGAAGGCCCUGAAGGACGCGGGCUAUACAUUCGACGUCGCACACACGUCGGUGCUGACGAGGGCGCAGGAGACGCUCAAGUCGAUCCUGAAGGAGAUCGGCCAGGAGGACCUGCAGGUUCAUAAGACGUGGCGGUUGAACGAGCGACACUACGGCGGCCUCACCGGCAUGAACAAGGCGGAGACCGCCGCGAAAUACGGGGAGGAGCAGGUGCAGGUCUGGCGGAGGUCGUUCGACGUGCCGCCGCCGCCGAUGGAGCCCGAUCACAAGUACUACGACACGAUCGUGAAGGAUCCGCGUUACGCCGACGGGCCGAAGCCCGAGGAGUUCCCCAAGUUCGAGUCUCUCAAGUUGACCAUCGAGAGAACGUUACCUUACUGGAACGAGACGAUUAUCCCGCAGCUGAAGGAGGGCAAGAGGAUCAUCGUAGCCGCCCACGGCAACAGCUUACGCGGCAUAGUGAAGCACUUGGAUCGUAAGGCGCUCUGCUGAAUUGAAUCUAUUCGU